UAGGCAAGGCAUUCCCGUGUCGUCAGUCCCCCAGGUAUCCUGCAUCUAGUCAUGUGGCGUUUGUUCUUCCUAAUUGCUGCCGUCACGGCGCAGAUCCCCUCGUUGGGAUUCUGUCCUGAUUAUCAGCCGAUGGCAAACUUCAACAUGAAUCGGUUCCUGGGGACGUGGUACGAGGCGGAGCGUUACUUCACGAUAAGCGAGUUGGGCAGCCGCUGUGUCACCACUAAAUAUGAAAGCACGCCCGAAGGUCGCAUCCUCGUAUCCAACGAGAUCACCAACUCUAUGACGGGAAUGAAGCGAGUGCUAGACGGUCACCUGCAGAUGAUAGGCCGCGAAGGCGAGGGUCGCAUGAUUGUGAAGUACGCCGCGCUGCCUGUGCCCUAUGACACAGAGUUUAGUGUGCUUGACACUGACUAUGACACGUACGCUGUCAUGUGGUCCUGCAGUGGUAUCGGCCCGGUUCAUAUCCAAAACGCAUGGGUACUAACUCGCGAUAGGCUCGCACCUCAGUUAGUCUUGCAAAAAGCAUACGCCGCUUUGGAGAAAUUCAAAGUAUCGAGAACAUUCUUCGUGAAGACUAACCAAGAGGACUGCUACAUCCUACCCGAACCGGCCGCAUACUCCGAGUACUCCAAGGAAGCAGGGAUUGAAGUAUCUGGGAAGCACGCCAGUUUGGUUCCCAUUUCCGCCGCUACUGAGGUCGAACCAGUUGUCGAGAAAAAAGUAGAACCUGAAGUUAAGCCUGAAGUGCCUGAGGUUAAAUCUGCUAUCCCGGAAGUCAUCGACGAGCCCCAACUUGUACCUGAAUUAAAGGCAGCCGAAACUAUGGCUAAGGAAGAGAAGACAGAAAUGCCAGAACAAACUACUGAAGUCAAGAAAGAGAUGCCAGAAAUGAAAGAAGAACCGAAGGAAAAAGAUCUUCCAGUUAAGCCGAUACAAUAACUUGUCCCACUAAGGGUAGUCCGCAAGUUGUACUUAGCUCAAAUGAUAGUGCGAAGCUUUCCAAAAGGCUUGUACCAAAUAAAACCUUGCCGUGGGAUUCGUGAUGUUUUAAUAGUGUUAGAUUUUCAAUAGUUAUAAUUAAAUGUGACUUUUUCUUGUCAGACCAAUUGUAAUAAACGAAUUAAUAAAA